AUGGAUAUUUUUAAAAGAUUGCAAAUAAAUGUUCCAUUUUCCGAAGCCUUGGAGCAAAUGCCUAUGUAUUCUAAAUUUAUCAAAGAUGUUAUCACAAAGAAGAGGAGAUUUGAAGAUCAAGAUGUGGUAACCAUGAACUCGUGUUGUAGUGCUAUAAUUCAAAGUACUCUACUGAAAAAAGAAAGCGAUCCAAGAAAAGUUACUCUACUGGUGACCAUUCGAAGUGUCUAUGUCGGUAAAGGGUUAAUAGAUUUGGGUUCUAGCAUUAGUUUGAUACCAUUAUCUCUUGUGAAAAGAUUGGGAAAUAUAGAGUUGAAAUCUACAAGGAUGACUUUGCAAUUGGCCGACAAGUCCACCACUCAUCAUAUAGGGAUUAUGAAAGAUUUGUUAGUUAAAGUUGAUAAGUUCUUUUUCCCGGUCGAUUUUGUGGUGAUUGAUAUGGAGGAAGAUUUUGACACACCUCUAAUACUUGGAAUACCUUUCAUGAAGACCGCUCGGAUGAUGAUCGAUAUCGAUGACGGUCUAAUGAAAGUGAGAGUUUUGGAUGAAGAAGUGUGUUUUAAUCUCUUUGAAGUAAUGAAGCAUAAAAAUGAUACAAAUGAAGAAAAAGAAGUGGAGGAAUGCUUGAAGGAAUUGGAAGCAUUAGAAGAAAGUUCUCUUUUGGAAGAGGUGGUUGAAGAAUUAAAGAUGCCAAUUGCAAAAGAGGAGAAUAAACUUGAAUUGAAAAUGUUUCCUUCACACUUGAAGUAUGUGUUCCUCGAGAAAAAUGAAAAUAAGCCGAUUAUAAUUAGCAAUGCCCUUUCUAAGGGUGAAGAAGAAAAAUUGCUUGUGGUCUUAGAAAAAAAUCAAGAAGCUAUGGGAUGGACUCUUUCCGAUCUCAAAGGAAUUAGUCCCUCCUUUGUAUGCAUAAUAUUUUGA